GGGGAGUGCAUUGCUGACUGCACUUAGCGGAAUAAACUGAUAUUUUAGAAUGGAAUACCCUCCUGACAACAGUUGGUUGGAGCCUAUCAAGCGCCAAUACUAUGCGGUCGUACCGCUGAAGCAAUUCAUUUGGCCUGACGAUCUGGACGAUGCCACGCAGCUAGAUUUCUACAACGAAGUAUUGAAUGACAUUCGUAUGGUGAACUUACAGCCGAGGCGGAGUUAUAUUUUCAUGAUAUUCAAAGCUUUGCAACGCAGCAUUGAGGGAUAUGGAGAUACAAUGAUUUCUGAAAUAGCCGAAAUAUGGCAAAAUAUGCUGAUACAAAGCUGCACAAGAGGUAGCGAAGACGAAGGGUUUAGCUAUAAAUCAUAUUUUCUAGACGAGAAUCUUAAGAACGGAGUUGUCCUUACACUGAAGGAAUCAGAUGCUUUCCUAUGCAAGGGAACAACUGGGCUUGUCACAUGGGAAGCUGCGAAGAUUUUAUCAG